CAUCAAACCGCCUUCAGUAACCCUAUCCGUAGUCGCCAUGGCCGCACCCGCGAAGAUGCGUCUACGCUCCGAGAAGCACCUAGCUAACAUCACCAAGCGUGGACAGGUCUCUCAGCCUCAAAAGGAGGACAAAGGAUAUAGUGUCGGUCCUAUCUUGAUGGGUUUCUUCCUAUUCGUGCUUGUGGGAUCGUCCGUCAUUCAGAUCCUUCGUACGGCACAGCUCGGUCUGUAAGCAGAGACAAUUGAUGCUGCUCACUGUGGGUGGAGUUGCAACAACGCAGACCAACUGCACGACACGUCCAGCGCUACAUCCUCGAAGAAAAAUUGCCACGAAAGAACACAAGCGCUGGAUUCAGACGUAGCAAACUGCCUUAUCGUCGCUAAUUUAAACUAUUAGUAAGAGCUUCUUUUUUUCAAA